CUGGUGCUCCAGUUUCCUCCCGCACUCCAAAGACGUACAGGAUCACUAAUGAUUCUCCAUCACUAAUGCACAAGCAACCUGCUUUCUUCAAAUGCUGAAUGAAACAUAAUCCAUGUCCACUGGAAGAAAUCCUCAGCUAACGGUGGAGGAUGCCACAUGCCCAUGAAGUACCGAGGAGAUUGUAGAACUGGUGUGGCACUCGGGAUCCGUUGUUACUGCGCACACCGCACCUUAAAAUGCCCUCUUGACACUUGAGAGAUUCUCUUUCAGAAUUAAUCUCCCGGCAUUGCUGAAUUGCGCUCUCGAAGUUUGGGUGGCAGAGUUAGAAUCGGGGUAGGGGGGAAAAAUGUUGCUGAAGGAGUACAUUUUUAUCAGCUUGGCGACUGUCACUUUAACUCAUGCAAUACCCUGGCAUGUCCAAUGUCCUGAUAUGUGUGUGUGUGAAAUUAAACCUUGGUUCACGCCGAGGUCCGUGUACAGGGAGGCACCGACAGUGGACUGCAAUGAUUUUUUAAUUUCCAAAGUUCCGGGUGGUUUGCCCGAAGGCACGCAGACCUUGCUACUCCAGAGUAACAGGAUCGCGAAGAUGGGGGCGGGAGAGCUGCAGCACCUGGUGAACCUGACCGAACUGGACCUGUCCCAAAACAGCUUCUCGCAGAUGGAGGACGUCAGCUUGACCAACAUGAGCAAUCUCCUGGUCCUUCACUUGGAGGAGAACCAGCUGAUGGAGCUGUCGGAGAGAUGCUUCUCCGCUCUCACCAACCUCCAGGAGCUCUACCUGAACCACAACCAGCUCAGCGCCAUUCCGGACGGGGCGUUCUUCGGGCUCGACAACCUCCUCCGCCUCCACCUGAACUCCAACAAGCUGAGGGCCAUUGACCGCCGGUGGUUCGAGGCUCUGCCCAGCCUGGAGAUCCUCAUGAUCGGAGAGAAUGCCGUGGACCAGCUCAACACCAUGAAUUUCAAGCCCCUCGUCAACCUCAGGAGCUUGGUUUUGAGCGGAAUGAGGCUGAGGGAAAUCUCCGAUUACGCUCUCGAAGGGCUGGAGAAUCUCGAAAGCAUUUCCUUUUACGACAACAGCUUGUCCAAGGUUCCCAAGGUGGCCCUGCAGAAAGUUCCAGGUCUCAAGUUCUUGGACUUAAACAAGAAUUCCAUUGAAAGAAUCCAACAGAGCGAUUUCACAGACAUGCUCCACCUUAAAGAGCUGGGUAUCAGCCACAUGGGGGAACUGGUCUCCAUUGACAAGUUUGCUUUGGACAACUUACCUGAACUGACCAGACUGGAGGUGACCAACAACCCAAAGUUCUCCUACAUCCACCCCGAUGCGUUUCGGCUCAUUCCACAGAUGGAGACCCUUAUGCUCAACAACAAUGCCUUGAGUGCCUUAUACAAGAAGACGGUGGAGUCCCUCUCCAAGCUCCAGGAGAUCAGCAUUCACAGCAACCCCAUCAGAUGCGACUGUGUCAUCCGCUGGGUGAACUCCAACAAAAACCGCAUUCGCUUCAUCGAGCCCCAGUCCACUCUUUGCGUCGAACCUCCGGAGUUCAAGAGGACAAACCUGAGAGAGGUCCCAUUCCGGGAGAUGACGGAUCGCUGCUUACCUCUCAUCUCCCCUGAGGCUUUUCCCGAACAUCUCAGCGUGGAGACGGAAGAGUCCCUCUCCCUUCACUGCCGGGCUUUCGCCGAGCCUGACCCGGAGAUAUACUGGGUCACGCCGUCCGGGGACAAACUAGUGGGCCACGCCGUGUCGGGCAGAUACAGGGUGCAUCCUGAAGGCACGUUGGAGAUAUUCAAUGCCAGCUCAGACGUAGCUGGGCUUUAUACCUGUGUGGCCCACAAUCUUGUGGGAGCCGACUCGAAAAACGUGGCCAUCGAAGUGAGCGGCUUUUACCCGGAAAACCAAGACAGCGCCGAGCAGCAGCUCUCCUUGCAAGAGGUGGGCUCUCAUCACGUCCUGGUCUCCUGGCUGGUCGCCCCCAACGUUAUAUCGUCCAACAUCACUUGGUCGCGUACGUUGGACAACAACAGCAGCAGCAGUGACAUGGACCUCUCUCUCGCCUUCUCGGCUCGGAUCCCCGCUGGCGUCCACGCUUACAACCUGACCCGCUUACAAGCUUUGGCGGAGUAUGUGAUAUGCGUCCGUGUGUCGCGGGUCGGUGGUCUCCGCGCCGAGACCUCAUGCGUCAAUUGCACGACCAGGGAAGACAGCCGCCGGGCCGCUGUCGCCGGCGGGGUCCGACCAUCGCUUCUAAUUGCCUUAAUAACCCUUUGCGCCCUGUUCGCGACGGCCAGCGUCUUGUGGGCGCUGCGGGGGCUGAAGGAGGAGGAGGAGAUGAAGAUGAAGAAGAAGGGGGCGAGGGGGCACAGGUCAGUGUCGGCGGCCAUGAAGAGGAGCGUGUCCGUCUCCCUUAGCCGCGUCCACCAUCCCUUGGUCAAGCGCUGGGAAGCCGAGAGCAGCGGGCAGGGCGAGACGAUAGCAGUGGACAUACCCUCCACGCCGCUGGGACCCCUUCAACUGACCAGCUGCUGUGACAACAACUGAGACUGGGAGGGGUCGAGAGGAGCAAAAGAAAAAUUUGGAGAGCCACGACCCAGAACAAGAGAGACACGUACGUCUGCCCUUUCUUUCAGUGUCCGGUUGAAACAGGGAAAGAACGGGUCAAAGCCAACAAGUCUGAAAUGGGUCAGAAGAUAGGGGACUCGACCCAUUCCUUCACUCCAGAGAUGCUGCCAGUCCCGCUGAGUUACUCCAGCGUUUUGUGUCAAGAAACAUUCAAAGCAACAAAUAUCGCUGAAGAGGAAACAAAUCCGGAUUUCGAUGAGUCCUUUUUUUAGAUGUGAGAGGGUGGCAGUUUUUUUGUUUUUGGCAUUAAAACCCCCUCUUGGUAGAAAUCCCCCCCCCCCCCCCCCCCUCCCCCUCCCUCCCUUCUCUGUCCAACUGAUGUCAAUGUGUGUGUUCUGAACUCUGUUAAUAGGAGACAUAUAUAGGAAUCUGGGAAAGGUAUUAAACAAACAACAAACAAACAGGGAUCACCUCUCACUGUUCGGAAAUGUAUCCGAUUUCUUAUGUAAAAAAAAACCUUUGUGAUCCUGUUGGUAGUAAAUCUGUCUUUUUUUCGAGCGAGGCACUUGGAAAUUCUGAAUGGAAAUCUGGAGCAGGUUUACAACGAUUUUAUACAGGUCGUAUGUGCAUAUUUUUCUAGGUUCAGGCAGCAAUGUCAGACACUUUGCUUUGAGCUUUCGUCUGCCCAGAAUGACUAGUGGUGGGGAGCAACGCGAAGGAGUUUUUUUUGUUUUUUUUGGUUUGUUUUGUGUUAGAUUUAAGGCGACCCCAGUGUUUUGUAUCGCAGCACCAUUUAUCCCAGCCUAUUUUUUUCCCCCCUCCAUGUACCACCUCCGGCCAUUACUGCGCGACCAAAAGGGCGUACGGAACCGUGGACGGAUUCGCGGGAAGCAUUUCUUUUGAUUGCAGUAUUUUCUGAAUAAACCAAAACCGAAAAAAAAAGUGUAAAGCAAAA